AUGCGGAUGUGCAUCGAUUACUGCCAGCUGAAUAAAGUCACCAUCAUGAACAAGUAUCCAUUGCCUCGCAUUGAUGAUUUGUUUGACCAGAUGCAGGGUGCUAGCGUGUUCUCUAAGAUCAACUUGAGGUCAGGGCACCACCAGUUGAAGAUUCAAGAUUCGGAUGUUCUGAAGACUGCAUUCUGGACUAGAUACAACCAUUAUGAGUUCCUGGUAAUGUCCUUUGGCUUGACUAAUGCCCCAGCGGCAUUUAUGAACUUGAUGAACAGGGUGUUCAGACCUUAUAUUGAUUCCUUUGUCAUCGUUUUCAUUGACGACAUCUUGAUAUACUCACGUAGCUUGGGGGAGCACGAACAACAUUUGAGAGUAGUGCUUCAGACCUUGCGAGAGCAAAAGCUAUAUGCUAAGUUCUCCAAGUGUGAGUUUUUUGAUGAUCCACAUUUGGCGGUUCUCAGAGAGACAAUGCUUCAGGGCAGUGCCAAGGAGGAUCUGAGGCUGGUACAUCUGGCUACCAGUCUGGUGCGCAUCCCUGAGUAUAUUCUGAGACCUCCACUGUGA